UCUCAGGUAGCCUACACCGAGAGAGUCUCGAGCGACCCCGGACUUCCUCGUUCGCGGGUUUCAGGGACUUCGCGCUGCAGCUACAGAGAGCUCUGAGGGGAAACUCACGAUAAACAGCGACUUCAUAAAGUCCAUAAACAAAGCAAGAUGAAUCAAAAGGAAGAUGAGGAAGGUGCAGUGGCCGUGAUGCCAAAACAAGAUCUGAGCUGGAUUCCAAAUUUAUUGAAGAAGAGAGUGUGCACAACAUUUGUGGAGGACUCUUUCAGCAAUGGUGGUCGGUGUCAGUGUGGGGCCAUGCGGGACUCCCAUCCUUCAGUGGCCUUGGGCGAUAACUUCAGCACGGCAAUCGUCAGUCACUGGGACAGCAUACAGCACUCCUCCGAGCAGCCCACAGAUGCCUAUGGAGAGCUGGAGUUUGCUGGGGCCGGCAAGAGACACAGCUAUUUCUUGCGUCUCUCCAGCACCACAGAUCCUUCUGUGGUCUUUGAUAUCAUGAGACAACACUGGAAACUGGGGCAGCCCAACCUGGUGGUGUCAGUGGUUGGCGGUGAAGGAAGGUCAAAGGUCAAGAGCUGGGUGCGAGAGGUCUUGAGGCAGGGGCUGGUUAAAGCAGCACAGAGUACAGGAGCAUGGAUCAUAACCUCAGGGCUGAAGGAAGGCAUCGGCAAGUGUGUAGGAGAGGCAGUGAGAGAUCACGCAGUGUCUUCUCUCAAUGUAAAUAAAGUGGUUCCUAUUGGCAUUGCUCCUUGGGGAAUGGUACAUAAUCGCCAGCAGCUCGUUGACCCUGAGGGAAGUUUUCCCGCUAAGUAUUUUGUCCAAAGCGCUUCACGUGGCACUUGCUCUCUGGAUAAUAACUACAAGGCUUUCCUUCUGGUGGACGAUGGGACCGAAGGACGUAAAGGUGGGGAGGUCGGUUUCCGAGGCCAUCUGGAAGAUUACAUUUCACGUCAGCGCCCAGGCAGUGCAAGCAUUGACAUUCCUGUCCUGAAUAUGCUGAUAUCUGGAGAAGUUUCCAUGGUGGAGGCAUUAGAAAUCUCUCUGAAGAAUUCAAUGCCCUGGUUGGUCCUGGCUGGUUCGGGUGGGCUUGCUAAUCUUGUGAGCGACAUUGUGGAGAAUGUGCAAUAUGCUCCAAUUUCUGCGUUUGGAGGAGCAGAGAAGGAGGAAGGGUCUCCCAACAUGGAGCUUAGAGAACGCAUAACCACGAAAGUAAAGAAACAGUUUCCUUCAGAGCAAGACAUGGACAAGCUGGUUGAUAAGGUUUUAAGCAUCUACCAGAAGAAAGACCUCAUCUCCAUUUAUCACGCAGAAGGAGCAGAUGAUUUUGACACUGUGAUGCUUAAAGUGCUUGUUCAAGCGAGUGAACAGCGAGUUUCGGUGACUACUAACCCCUAUGUGGAUGAGUUGAAGCUGGCUGUAACCUGGAACAGAGUGGACAUUGCCAAGAGUGAACUGUUCAAUGGAAACAUUGACUGGAAGUAUGAAGAUCUUGAAGAGUCCAUGACUGAUGCCCUGGUGAACGAUAAACCCCAGUUUGUGCGUCUCUUCAUUGACAACGGUCUAAACAUUUUGAACUACCUGACUUACGGCCGACUGGAGGGUCUUUAUGACUCCAUCUCUAAGACCUCUCAGGCCGGCAUGUUGCUGCAGCAUUUCCUGGAAGAGCGCAUAAACGAGUCCAGUGGUCAGACGUGCCAAGUCAGCCUUUAUGAGGUGAGUCUGUUACUGGAGGAUCUUUUGGGAGAGGUGUGCCAGCCUUUCUAUAGGUCUGUAUUCAGAGUGGAUUCAGCAUCUACCAGAAGAAAAGCUUUGAAGAGGGUUCGCAAGGUCCUGAAGGAGGAGUGCUCUUAUAAGCAAAACAUGUGCAAGUUUCCGUGGUUAUGUCUCUUCCUUUGGGCGGUGCUGCAGAACCGUGGUGAAAUGGCGAUCUUAUGCUGGGAAAUGUGUGGCGAGUCUGUUCUGACGGCUCUGGGAGGAUGCAAAAUACUGAGGGAGCUGUCUAAACUGGAGACUGAGACAGAUGCUAAACUCCCCAUGAAGGAGUUGGCCACAAAGUUUGAGUUUAUGGCUCAUGAUGUGUUCAGCACUUGUUACCAAACCAAAGCAAGUUAUUCCUACAAGCUACUGAUCCGCAAAUCAAAUCUGUGGGGUGACGCCACCUGUCUGAAGAUGGCCAUGGCUGCUGAUGCCCGUUUUUUCUUCAGCCAUGAUGGAGUACAGUCCCUGCUGUCUCAGAUCUGGUGGGGUGACAUGCAAAGAGGAACGGAGCUAUGGAAACUUGCGCUGACGAUGAUCAUUCCUCCUCUUGUCUACAGCAACCUCAUCGAUUUCAAAAAAGCAGAGAAUGCAGAAGAAGUUAAAUCAGUGAUGGCACCUCCACCUUCAGCAACAGACUGUAAUUACGGAGAGACUGUUUUCUCCUUCGCUGACAUCAAACACCAUGAAGGCGUUCACGAGGACUCAAAUAACAUCAGGCGACUAACAAAAGGUACUGCUACAAGUUUCCGAUCCAAGAAGAUCCCGUUUUGGGUUUCCCGCUGGAAGCAGUUCUGGUACGCCCCUGUCACUUCAUUCAUCGGCAACGUUGUGAUGUACUUCCUCUUCCUGUUUCUGUACGCCUACGUGCUAUUGGUCGACUUCAAGCAGCCUCCGCCUGAAGGCCCUGCUGUUUCUGAGUAUGUGCUGUAUUUCUGGGUGUUCACGUUCAUCUGCGAGGAGAUCCGAGAGACAUUCAUUGUGGGCAGUAAGAAGUUUGGUCAGAGGUUGAUGCUGUAUCUUCAGGAUGUUUGGAAUAAGUUUGAUGUUCUUGCCAUCUCCCUCUUUAUUGCUGGAUUGUGCUGCAGGAUGUUCAGUUGGUCAUUCAACAUGGGACGUGGUAUACUGUGUAUGGACUACAUGGUCUUCACGCUCCGACUCAUCCAUAUUUUUGCCAUUCACAGACAGCUGGGCCCACAAAUCAUCAUACUUGGCAAAAUGAUAAAGGAUGCAUUCUUCUUCUUAUUCUUCCUGGGAGUGUUUCUGAUUGCGUAUGGCGUGGCCAAUCAAGGUCUAUUAUACCAAUAUGACCCAAGCCCUGACAGAGUGUUUCGACGAGUCUUGUACAGACCAUAUUUGCAUAUAUUUGGACAUAUUCCUGUGGAAGAAAUAGACACUGGGAAAUAUUGGGAUAGAGACUGCACCGAUAAUCUGACACUGAUUAAUGAAGGGAAAGAGCCAUGUAGAGACACCAGUCACAACUGGCUUGUGGUCAUUUUGCUGGUCAUAUUCCUGCUAGUCACCAACAUCCUACUAAUCAACCUGCUCAUCGCCACAUUCAGCUACACCUUCUCUAAGGUUCAGGAGCACAGUGACACAUACUGGAAGUUUCAGCGGUAUAAUCUGAUAGUGGAGUAUCAUUCCCGUCCAACACUCGCUCCACCGUUCAUCAUCCUAUCCCUCAUCAACCUCUUAAUCAAAAGAAACUUACGCAAAGUGCCUUCCACCAAACUCCAUCGAUUUGCACUGCAGUUAAAGGGAAGAGAUGCUAACAGGCUGGUGAAAUGGGAGACCUUCCAGAAGGAGAACUUUCUGACUCUCGAGAGCAAUAAACGAAGAGGGACUGACUCUGAGAGGCUAAAGCGCGUGACUGCUAAAGUGGACAAUGUUGAACGCAGACUGCUAGGACUAAAAUCUGAUAUAGAGUACUGCACAUCUUCUCUUCAGUGGAUUAUGGAAGCUUUGUCUCAGAGCAGUACAGUGAACAUCCCUAAAGCACCCCCGACUCGCCAAGCUUUCAUUUCAGCCUCCAAUGUGAAAUGAAAAAGCCUAUUUCCCUGUAGUCAUCUUUAUCUCUCACUCUCAUGGACACAAGAACCAAGACGCUGCAGAGAGCUAGUGAAACCUGUCCAAAAACUGCCUGUAUUGUUCUGGUUUCCAUUUUUAAACUGUUCAUCCUGGUCUUUUCUUGGUUCAUCCUGCUCUUACAAGUUUAGAGCUCCCAAAUGACCUGUCCUGGUUUUCCAUGUGAUCAUGGGAAGAGAACAGUAUUUCUUCAUAAAAGAAGAGAUUUUUAAGAAAAUUGGUAACCAAACAGUUGCUUGUCCACAUUGACUUCCAUAGUAUGAAAAAAAUACCAUGGAAGUCAGUGGGGACGAACAAAUGUUCACAAAUUUCAACAACAUUGGUGAGUAAAUGAUUUUUGGUGGACUAUCCCUUUAAAAGCUGCUGUAGGAACAAACAUACUUUGUAUUUAAUUUUUAGCAUUUUUUUUUUUUUACCGAAAACCUAUGAACAACUCUUUUAUUGAUUGUAUAGUCUUGGCACAUAUCUUGACACGCAUAUGUUACAUUACAUGAAAUAAGUAUAUUGUUUAAUAGGGAUUUUUUUAAUGUUUAAAUGUAUUGUUUGACAAACCUCACAAACUAAAAAAAUAUAAUUAUAAAAUAUAAAAAAAAAAAAUUCAUAAAACUCAUACUGUAAUUGCAUUCUUUAACAAUAUUCUCAGAUUUUGUAUGGGUAAUUUUUGGAUUUAAGUUUGAUUUUGUGAUUUCUAUAAGUUCUUCAUUGUGUGAUAUUGUAUUCAGUUUUUUACUUUAAAAAACCAUAAAAUCUGAUGCAACUAUUUAAAGGAUUGUACUAUUUUGACAACAUCAGCAGAACAGAAUCAGCAGAGAGGGAGGAGAUAAAUAGACUUAUCAAUUGCAACAGGAUGUUCGGGUUGGAUGGUUUUACAAUCGUUUUACAAUGGUUUCUAUCUAUCUAUCUAUCUAUCUAUCUAUCUAUCUAUCUAUCUAUCUAUCUAUCUAUCUAUCUAACCUUUUCUUUAUGACUGUACUGAAUACUUGGUGUAGGUUUACCCAAAGUAUGGUACAAAUAGUAUGAUGCAUUUCACUAUCACAUAGAUUACAUCAUGGUUUGAGGAUUAAAGAGCAGAUCAUUUUGAUACCAAGAAUAAGGCAUCUAGAAAUUAUUAAACCAUAUUUACAUUCAUAUAAAGUACCUGAAUAUUAGCAUUUAGAGCUUAACUAAUACAAAUAAACAGUCGUAACAAGACUAAUGUAAUAGGGAAACAUACAGACAAAAUGCAUAUACUGUACAGUACCAGAUACAUUUGUAACUGAUUCAUUAUAAGCCAAAUAAACAAAAGUUUUAAUGUG